GGUCACCAACCUGCCAAAUUCAAUGAAUCCCCACCGUACAAGAUCCAGUUUGUCUCAGAACGUGCGAUAAUCUAAUCGAAUAUCUUGGGUGAAGCAAAAUAAAAUCAUAUGCUCUCUUUUGUCUUCUCUUUUGUUUCCGAUCUUCCCCUUGCUUUACUGUAGUGUUUGUAGUUGGUACUACACCAAGUUGACCACUCUCUCUCCGCCGAUCUCCACAGCAGAUUCGCCGGAGCAAACCAGUAUCACAGUCGGAAAAAGUAGUGUGAAAGGUGUUCUUCAAAAAGCAAGAAACCAUGGCUUCCGUCACUCAAUUGCAAAGACAAUUUAUUGAGUACACAACGUCUCUUUAUAAAGAGGGAUAUCUUGAUGAUCAAUUCACACAACUUCAGAAGCUGCAAGAUGAGAGCAACCCUGACUUUGUGGUUGAAGUGGUGUCCCUUUUCUUUGAAGACUCUGAGAAGCUUCUUAACAAUUUGGCAACUGCUCUUCAACAGAAAGUUGUGGAUUAUAAGCAGGUUGAUUCUCAUGUCCACCAGUUCAAGGGUAGUAGUUCCAGCAUAGGGGCACAACGAGUCACAAAUAUGUGUGUUCACUUCAGGAACUUCUGUGAGGAGAAAAACCUUGAGGGGUGUCUGCAGUGUCUGCAGCAAGCAAAACAUGAAUACAUUCUGGUUAGGAACAAACUCGAAGCCUUGUUCAGGUUGGAGCAACAAAUCUUGCAAGCAGGAGGGUCGAUCCCUAUGAUGGAAUGAAUAGGUUUGUAUGUUUGAUGGUUUUCAUAUGGAAAGCUAGUGAGUAGAGAUUAUGUGAAUACCUUCUUUACUAUUUACUAUUUAUUGUUUUUCAUCUGAAAACUUCAUAUUUAUCAAACUUUGUAUGUUAUGUUUGAUUAUUAGAAUGAUGUGUAUCUUGCUUCUUGUUGUAA